AUGACUUCUCCUGUGGGAAACCGGCUCCUACCCGCCCUGGUGGAUGAGGGCGCACGCUCGACUCCAGACCGACUCUUUGGCAUCAUCCCAAAAGGACCGGCCUUAUCAGAUGGGUUCCGCAAUGUGACUUUCAGAGAGCUGGCCUAUGCAGUAGACGCCCUGGCAUGGUGGAUUCACAAGCAUAUUGGCCAGCCUGGAAACGGACCAAAGACCAUUGCGUACAUGGGAGCCAACGACAUCCGCUACUACAUCUUCCUUCUCUCUUGCGCAAAGACCGGCCAUACGCCUUUCCUGCCUUCUACCCGUCUCUCAGACGAGGCAUACCAGCAUAUCCUCAACGCAACCAACUGCCAUGUAAUGCUCUUUACGCCUGAAACGCAGAGACGAACGAUGGAGAUCAAAGCAUCUCGACCGAGCACGGUCUACCUCGAGGCGCCGGCAACAGCAGACCUUCUUAGCUCAAAUUCCGAGACCUACCCGUUCACAACGCCAUAUGCAGCAAUGGAAGACACAGUCGCGUUCAUAAUCCACAGCUCCGGCACAACCGGGAUGCCAAAGCCAGUGCCCCUAACCCACGGCUUCCUUGCAACCUGGGACCACGCGCCGCAUAUCAUCCCAGCCGGCAGGAAAUCCGCUCUGUACAACGGGUUUUCUGUGGGCUCGGGCGCCCUACUUCUCUCUAUCACGCCGAACUUUCAUUUGAUGGGCCUCAUCGGGCCAUUCGGAUCAAUCUUCCAUGGAUUCCCGUUCAUUUCAAUUCCUGAUGGGCCCCUUUCCGUCCAGCUUCUGACCGAUACCAUUAAUGCUACAAGACCAGAUUUUGUAAUGAUCCCUCCAUCACUCCUGGAAGAUAUGAGUCACUCAGAAGCUGCACUGGCUGCUCUGAAGACUGUGAAAUACACUUGUUUCGGCGGUGCACCGCUAGCCUUAGAAACAGGAGAGCGCCUUCGGAAGUACACGACCCUCCGCACGGUCCUCGGGUCCAGCGAGAUAGGGCUAGUUAGUUCCCUCGCUCCUGAGGACGAGGCGAAGUGGAACUAUUUCGAGUGGAACCCGGUAUACGGAAUCGACAUGCAGCAUGUAAACGAUGGUCUUCAUGAACUAGUUAUCCGCCGAGGAGAAAAUACAAAGACUUUCCAGGGCAUCUUCCACACUUUCCCCGACCUCACCGAAUACCACACCAAGGAUUUGUUUGUCCAGCAUCCAGAUAAUCCCAACUGUUGGGCGUACCAUGGCCGACUGGACGACGUUAUUGUCCUCAGCAACGGCGAGAAACUCAACCCCAUUACGCUGGAGAAGAUGAUUGAGGCGCAUCCGUCGGUUUCGAGAGUAGUGCUUGUUGGUGAGAAGAGGUUUCAGUCCGCGUUGCUUAUCGAGCCAGUCUGGCCUGAUAACAAUUCUAUCGACGAGAAAGAAUACAUCGACAACCUCUGGCCUACUAUUCAGCGCGCCAACGAGGUAGUACCCAAUUACGGCCGGGUCAUGCGCAGCCAUAUUCGUCUGUCCUCACCGAGCAAGCCUUUCAAGUUGACUCCGAAAGGUACAACGCAACGCCGGCUUGUCAACAACGACUAUGCAGAGGAAAUUGAGGCCAUAUACGCCAAAUCAGCGGAGAAUAGUAUGGAGAGCCUCCCAUUGACGCUCAACCUACAUAGCUUAACACAGUGGGUCCGUGUGAAGAUCACGACUUUGCUCGACAGACCUGACAUCGCAGACGACGAAGACUUUUAUGCGGCCGGGAUGGACUCAUUGCAGACUGUGCAGCUUGCACAAGCCCUGAAUUCAGCGCUUUCUGCCGACAUUACGCAGCAGCAGAUCUAUGCUCGUCCAAGCAUAAACAAGUUAGCUGCGUCCUUGUUUUCCAUCCUCAAUGGCACCAGCAACGGUGCCACGGAAAUAUCACGAACUGAACAGAUUACGAACCUGGUCACCAAAUACACACACGACCUCCCAUCCGACCCUCAACGACAACGGCCCGUCUCAUCCAGUCAAACCGUCAUCCUCACCGGCUCAACUGGGUCGUUAGGGACGUACCUCCUCAACACGCUCCUGCAAGAUAACAGCAUUUCCAAGAUCUACUGCCUCAACCGCUCAGACACUGCGAAGACGAAACAAACCACCUCUUUCGAAGAGAAGGCGCUCGAUGCCACGCCGCUCACCGACGAAGGCAGAGUCGAAUUUCUGACAGCCGCCCUCAGCGAACCAAACCUCGGCCUCGAACAAGAGAAACUCGCCACCCUCCUCGAAACCGUAACCCUUAUUAUCCACAACGGCUGGACAGUCAACUUCAACCUCCCCGUCGAGUUCUUCGAAAGCCAAAUCUGCGGCGUGCGGCGCUUGAUCGACUUCAGUAUCAACAGUCGUUACACCGCACAUGUCGCAUUCGUGUCUUCUGUCGGCACAAUUGGAAACUGGAAACCCACAGAUACCGACAACUCCGUCCCAGAAAUUCCCAUGGAAACACCUGAUGUCGCCCUCGAGCAAGGCUACGGCGAAUCCAAGCACGUUGGCGAGCGGAUCUGUCUGGAAGCGUCGAGACAGUCUGGUGUUCCGACGAGUAUAUUGCGUGUUGGGCAGAUUGCUGGCCCUACUACUGUUGCCGGGCUGUGGAAUCCGACCGAGUGGGUGCCGAUCUUGCUGAAGACUAGUAAGGGGCUGGGUGUUGUACCGGAUUCGUUGGGAGGAAUGGGUGUUGAUUGGAUUCCUGUUGACACUCUCGCAACAAUCAUUCUCGAGAUACUGCAAAUUCGGCUGCACGAAACUCAGACCGAAUCAAAUGCCGCAUUCUUCCAUCUCACAAACCCCGCAAUUACACCCUGGUCUUCUCUCCUCCCCUCAAUUCAGUCCUCGUUGUCCACGUCUACAGCCCCUGUGACACCAGCCCCGCUCACCAUUUGGAUGAACGAGCUUGAGAAAAUCAAGAGUCCGACGGACAGCGAUAUCUCCGACAAGCCAGCCCUCAAGCUCCUCCCCUUCUUCCGGGACCUGGCGAACGGAGACACGCUGUCUGCGGAAACCAGCACGGUUAACGCGCAGAAGGCGAGUAGGACGAUGGCAAGCCUGAAGGGGGUGGAUGGGGCAUUGAUGGUGAACUGGAUACGGCAGUGGGGUUUCUAG